UAAUGUCAGGAAUUUUGACUUUGACGUUUCUAUGUCCUAAUGUGACGUCUCAAUAAUAAACUUUUUAUAUAAAGUCCCUGAAGUGCCCAUAAAUAGUAACAAUACAAAGCGAAAAAAUCGAUUUAAACUAGUAAAUUUCAUCUGACUUUCCCUUAAUUAUUAUUAGAGAAUAUUUGCGUCCUCAUAAUGUCUGAUUCGCUGAGGCCUGUACUUCAUGUGAAGCAUGACUGGUACCAAACAGACUCUGCAGUGGUGAUUACAGUCCUCAUCAAGAAUCUCAAAAAAGACCAAUUGAAAAUCACUUUUACAAACUCGCAAGUCGAAAUGAAGAUUUCGGUGCCUGAGUUCGAAGAGUAUUCCAAAUGCUUUAACGUUUCUCAUAAAAUCGUACCUGACCAGAGUGGUUAUAAACUGACAUCUUCAAAGAUUGAAAUCCAACUGAAAAAGACUGAAUGUAUUAGAUGGGAGAAAUUGGAAGGAAAACCAGCGGAGAAUGUAAAAGUCGUACCACAAGAACAUGCUACUGAACUAAGCCAUCCUCCCUCAUACCCAACAUCAAAGAAAGGCAAGGAUUGGAACCAAGUAGAGAAGGAGAUUAAAAAACAGGAAGAACAAGAAAAACCUGAGGGCGAGGAGGCAUUGAAUAAGCUUUUCAAGGAAAUUUAUGGCAAAGGGAGUGACGAAGUGAGGAAAGCCAUGAACAAGAGCUUUAUGGAAAGCGGUGGAACCGUACUAAGCACUAAUUGGAACGAAGUGUCCAAAACUAAAGUGGAUGUCAAGCCUCCAGAUGGAAUGGAAUUUAAAAAGUGGGACAGUUAAAUUGAAAUAACACAGUAAAAUGAAAAACGGGAAUUUGCAAAGUCAUAAAAUUGUACUUCCCAAAUGGCCAAGCCAUGUUAGCCUACAUACAUAUGUAGAGUCCUUCAAAUUGUAUCAUUUUUAAAUACGCUGUUUACUUAAUAUAUUAUGUGCCUGGA